AGACAGACAGACAGACAGACAGACAGAUUGCCGGAAGGAACGAAGAAACAAGGAAAAAAACAACAACUAUUUUGUGGGCUGUUUGUUUGGUUUGUUAAAAGUGUCAAUUUAGAAAUUUUCGGGGGCUGAACAUGCAAUUUAAUCUUCACUCCCGGUGUAAAGUUUUAAUGCGGUCCUCGUAUCUCAUUCUUUGAACAUGCAAACAUGAGUGAGUUCAUCACUGUUCAAGUCGGUCAGUGUGGGAAUCAAAUAGGUGGAGCAUUCUGGCCUCUAGCUUUGCAAGAGCAUGGCAUAGCCACUUCAAAACCAAUCACUCAACAGCAACGAUCUCGAUACAAUGAUGCUUUCCACAGCUUUUUCUGGAGUCCAUCGGAUGUUACAGGUGCAAGUUACAAAACACUCCACGAUUUGGAAAGUGCUAAGGUCAAAGCUAGAGCUGUUUUAAUUGAUAUGGAGGAUAGUGUGGUUGCUCGUUUUCGUAGAGGUCCUCUUCGAAAGCUAUUUGAUGAAACACUUCUUCUUACAAAUUAUCCUGGCUCAGGAAAUAAUUGGGCUGAAGGACACCAUACUCAUGGAAGUUCUUAUGAAUCCCGCAUUGUAGAAGUUAUUAGAAGAGCAGUUGAACGCUGUGAUCACCUACAUGGUUUUCUCCUAAUGUUUUCUGUUGGAGGAGGAACUGGAUCUGGCUUAGGAACAGCCACUUUGAAACUUUUGUCCGACUAUUUUCCUGAUGUUGAAAGAUUCGUGACAUGUGUUUACCCUUCUGGCCAUGAAGAUGUUGUCACAGCCCCGUAUAAUGUUGUCUUAGCCACAAAUAUCUUACUAGAAUAUGCAACAUGUGUAUUACCCGCUGAUAAUAAGUCUCUGCUAGAUAUAUGUGCAUAUCUGCAGAAUAGGAAAGAGUCAAAUGAAUCAGCCAAAGCUGUGGCAGCGUCCAGUCCUUAUGAAGAUAUGAACAGUGUCAUUGUAAAUAUGCUUCUGAACUUUACUAGUGGAUCUCGUUUCCCUGGGAGCUUAAACGUUGACAUGAGUGAAUUAAGCACUAAUAUGGUACCUUAUCCAAAACUAAAUUUUUUAUCAUGUGGUCUGACACCUUUAGGCUUUUCCUCAUCUCAAAUACUUCCUGUACCGAAGCAAGUUGAGCCUUGGGCAAGAGAUCACCAGCUUCUCAAAAUAGACCCAUUGGCUGGUACAUUGCUUGGUGCUACUCUACUCAGUCGUGGAAAUGUCACUCUGUCAGACCUUCGUUAUAAUGUGUCCAGGUUGCAAAAUAAAGGCAAAUUUAUUCCAUGGAACCAAGAUGCAAUAAAGGUGGGUUUAUGCAGUGUGGCACCUACAGGACAUCCAGCUGCUCAUCUCAGCCUUCUUAAUUCUACCUCAAUGGGGGGAUUUUUCUCUCAUAUUGGAGGUCAAUUUGAUCGUCUCUACCGGCGAAAAGCUCAUAUUCAUCACUACCUUCAAGUAGAUGGAUUUUCCAACUCAGAAUUUGUUUUGAGUAGACAAUCUCUACUAGACUGCACAAGUCACUAUCAGCAUCUUACUACCACGCAAAAUGCAGUGUUAGAUCGCUUGCAAGUUGUAUAGACAGUGCAUAAUUGCAAACAUCAAGAACUACUCAAGAUAUAAAAUUUAUAGAUGUGUUAGGAAAAGGGCUUUGCUUGAACAAUUCAAAAAUUGGAUUAAAUUCUCAAUUUUAAUACUCAAUUUAACAAUACACACUGCUAAUUUUAUAGUCUACUGGAUAUUAGUCCUUUGCUUUCAAACUAACUGACAACAAGUUCAUUUACAGUUAAAAACACAUUGACAUUUUAAAAUAAAUUUCAAUUUCACAUGAACUAAUUGUCCAAAACACUGUUUUGUUAUCUUAAUUUCAAAAUAUAAAAACAAAAACCACACAUCUUAUUUGCAUAAUUUCAACAGAUCUUUCAGUUAAUUGAGAAUUAUUUAUCAAUCACAACUCAUAAUUUAACCAAUAAUACUUUGGCCUAACUUUAAGAGUUUUUGUGGCACUACGGUGAUAAAUUCUACACAUAGUCAGUCUGACAAUAAAAUACAUCUAACAAAUAUACAUUCUUUUAAAAAAAUUUAAGUAAUAAUAACUAAACAAAUGGUCCAUCAUCUUCUGAUAUCACAUGCUGAUGCUGUGCUGUUCUUAAACCUUAUACCAUCACAAAAGAAGACAAAGCUCUCAAAAAUUGGAUUUGUAGUCCACAUUUAGAGAGCAGAUACUUGGAAGAGCAGCUCAACGUCCAUAACAAUCUGUAGAAUCAAGUUUCCAGCUUGGCAUUCAGACAACAAAGUAAAAAACAUGUACAGUAUAUUCAAUAAAUUUUUUGUUGCGUUUUAA